AUGUCAUUUUCAAUGAAGUCGUAUUUUUUGGGUAUUUCCAUCCAAACAACUCCCACUGGCUAUGUUUUGUCUCAAAAGAAAUAUACUCAAGAUAUUCUUAAUAAGGCAGGUUUAGCUGAUUGUAAACCUUGUCCAUCUCCUAUAUCAAUUAAACCUUCCAUUGCUCUUGAUUCAGCUACUUUGUGUCCUGAUCCUGCUCUCUAUCGAAGCCUAGUUGGUGCUCUUCAAUAUCUCACCAUAACUCACCCAAAUAUCUCUUUGGCAGUCAAUCACUCUUGCCAACAUAUGCAUUCUCCUACAGUUGGUCAUUUUGCUGAAGUCAAAAGACUACUACACUUUGUUAAGGGUACCAUUAGGCAUUGCCUGACCUAUUCUCCUAAUUCUUUUGAUAUUCAUGCCUACUCAGAUUCUAACUGGGCUGGAGAUGUUUCAGAUAGAAAAUCCACCUCAGGUUAUUGUAUAUUUUUGGGUUCUAACCUUGUGUCUUGGUCAGCCAAAAAGCGAGCCACAGUCUCUCGCUCUUCUACUAAAGCAGAGUAUAAACACAUUGAAGUGGACUGCCACUUUGUUCAUGAUCAAGUUCUUGCUAAAAGACUAGUUCUACGGUAUAUUCCAACUAUUGAUUGGCUGACAUCUUCACCAAACCUCUCUCUAUCUCCAGAUUCUUGUAUCUCAAAGACAAGCUCAUGGAGUGCACUCACCCCAUUAGCUUGA